AUGGACGGUCGGACGCGAUCACACCAUCGGAAGGCCUGCCCGCGGAAACUGCACCCCCCGCUGGGGGGCGAAUUAGGCGGCACGACUGGUGGGGGUUACCCAGGCGCGGCUUCAUUGGAUGGGCAGGCUCCGGUUGACCCCAAUCAACUAAUGGGCUCGCCUCCGCUCGAGCAGCCAGCGCCCACAGACACAGGCUCCAGCACCCACACGGGUUUGACUGGUCGGAUCUGUGGCGAAGGGGGCCACCCACUUAACGCCUCCGGCGCAUCGCCGAUGAUGAGGCUUACGUCGGAAACUUCUGUGCGGACGCCUGCCCAGCCCUCUUUAACAUCAUCCGAGAUGUUCACCGCACUGGUGGAGAAAAUGGCUGAAUCUCCUCAAGUAAGACCAGUGCAGGCGUGGUGCGAUAGGAUUCGGCACCUCUUCGCGGAGGUUUAUCACGCAGUACCAGUGCGAUUGGAGGAUCUGCUUGCUGAGCGGAAGCGCUUUCCUCCUCUUAAUGCAGCUGAAGCGGGUCUCCUGCUAAAUUUGUUCGAGCAAGCUCACGUUACGCGUCGAGGAAGCUAUUUGGAAUGGAAGAAAAUGUCUUCGGCGAUAACCCGCGAACAUUUAAGGAUACCAUCCGGCGUUUAG